UUUUCUGAAUAACACAAUUGAAUUGAAAAUUGAAUGUAGCUAACCGCAAAAAUUUAUUUUUUGUUGUGUAUUUAUCAUUAAUUCUCAGUUGUUGUAUGCCACACGCCAAUGCUUGUGUAUUUUUUAAGUUUAGCGAAACCUGAAAAGAAAGUUCCUGUUUUGAUUUUUUUUUUUUAAAUUGCUGGAUAGAGGAGGCGCGUAAAAUAAUUUAUUCAUCGUCGAGUGGCUCUUCAUUCAUAAAUUUUAUUUUAAACGUUUGAAGAAAAUUGUUCCUGUCUAAUCUUUAUCGUUUAAAAGUGUUUAUCGCAAUAUAGAUGUUGUCCCAAAGUUCAGUAGGUUUGGUGGAGGGCUCCUUUUUAAAUGAUUGUAAAGCAGAAAAUCUUAAAAAGUCAAUCUCUGUAAGGCCAAUACACGCCUCAGAAUCUUUCAAUUGCUUUUCUUCUGCUGAGAAACUGCGUGGCAAGUUUCAACGCGAGUUUUUAAAUAAUUCAAUGUCUUCUAAUUUAGUUACGUCAAACUCGCCAAUAUACCACCCUAAGGAGUAUAUUUACAAUAAAAAUAAUUCUGUUUCUCCGUUCAAAAGUUACAGUAAUAAUAAUAACAAUAAUACAAUUUGCUUUUCUCGACGCAGUUUUAAUCCGUAUUAUUUGGAAAAGCAUGAAUAUAAUCAUCCGGAAUAUAACCAUCCGGAAGACUUUUAUGUUGAAAAAGUUCAUAAAUACUCUAAAGAGAUGUCACCAACUUUUAACUUUAAUAGAAUUCCCUCACAAAAUAACGCAAAUUUUCAAAUUUAUAAUAAACCCCGUCUAAUGGGCUCAAUGAGUCCCCCGCAUCUGCAAAGCCUUAGUUCAAACAACAACAGGUAUAAUCAUGUUUCUAACCCCAAUCACAGUGAUAACUAUAAUGGAUUUCGAAAACAAAACGGUAGUUGUGCGGUAUGCGCUGAUAAAUUGAGUUCUUAUUUUCAUGGAGCAAUAAUAUGUGUCAGUUGCCAAGGUUUUUUCAAAAGAGCUCUAAAGAAUGGUAGGAAGUAUACAUGUUAUGCCCAACGAAAAUGCAGCUUAAACAAGAAAACAAGAAACCACUGUCAGGCCUGCAGACUUGCAGCAUGCUUUAAAGUUGGAGUCAAAAAAGACGGCGUGUUAGAAGAAAUUUGUUUUGAAAAAGAACAAAAAAUGGCACAAAAAUCAGUAAAAAAAAAAAAUAAAGAACUUUCACCUUCUUCCUCCUCUAUUGAUCUAAAGUCUAUAUAUGAUGCUGAGAGAUUUGCUCACCCUCAUAUCAGUAAUGUUACAGAAAUAAAAGCCAACGUAAUUCAUCAUUUGUGUCAAUCUAUUGAUAAGCAGCUUGUAUCAUUAGCAGAAUGGGCUCGACGUCUACCUUGUUUUGAAGAUUUAAAUAUCACAGAUCAAAUAAAAGUUCUUCAAUCCAACUGGAGUGAGCUUUUAAUUGGAGCAUUAUGUUUUCGUUCAUUAACUUCCAAUGGCUUGAUGCUUGAAACUGGUUUAUAUGUACCACGUGGGAGCAUUCAGGAUAACAGUAUUGAAACAACCCUUACUCGAACAUUUGACAAAGUACUUGAUAGAAUGAAAGAUCUUCAAGUCGAUAUGACAGAAUGGGGUUGUCUACGAGCAGUAAUUUUGUUUAACCCCGAUACAAAUAGUCUUGGAGCCGUCAAUCAAGUUGAAGAAAUUCGCGAACGUUAUCUUUUGACUUUAAUUGACUAUUGCAAACUUAUAUUUCCAAAUGAAAAUAAUCGUUUUAGCAGGUUGCUUCUUUGUUUACCGAGAAUUAAAUCACUUGCAAUUGAAGUUUUAGAAAUUUUGAAGUACUCAAAGUUAAUUAUGAAUUCUUCUAUUGAUUCUUUCAUUUGCGAUAUCCUUGCAAAUAAAUAAAUAAUGAAAAAAAAAAUGUUUUCAAUUAUUUUGUAAGAGUAUUUUAUGAUGAGCUAUUGAUAAUAAUAAAAUGAACAGUUUUAUACAACUUUAUUUU